CGAGAAAAUGACGGGAGCGGGGGCGGUCUGGAUUUGUGAGUUGCUGGAUGCAUUGUUGACUCUGACGCAAGUGAAAGAGUUGUUCGUCCUCGUGGGGCCCUGAAGCUAAAGUCCGAUUGUGCUGUGCUGAAUGUGCAUCUGUGAUAUUGUGGACCUUGAAUGUCUAUAGCUGCGGCGCCACCAGGGAGAGGAUGCGUCAAGGAGUCACUGAAGGCUCAUGUUCAUCAUGUUGACUCACCGUGAUGGCUGGAUGCUGGUCAACCAUAACCCGUCAACAAUCUCGCGUCAACAAUGCGUCACCGUCUCUAAUCUCUUCUCCCUUCCUCCCUCUUCUCAUAAGAUGAUGAACUCGACUCUUUCUCUUUCUCUCCCCACUCAGUCGACUGUCAACAUGCGCCCUUCCGUGCAACCUCCCCCCUCCCCUCCUUCGACUCCCCCGUUUCCCCGUACUCCUCACUACCGAAGGUUCCUGUCCCCCCGUGAUUUUGACACCCCCGACUCCGCCCCCGAGACCCCGGAACCCAUCAGUCCUCUCUCCGAUGGCUUGCCCCAACACUCCUCUUGUAGCCUCGAGUCACCUCUAUCCACCGCUGUCCGCCGCCUAACCUUCUCUAGCGUGCGCAUAGAUAUCCCCGCCACCCGCGUCCCGGUCAUCUUGGCCCGCUUUCCGCCCACGCCACCCACGACCUCUCUCCUCACUUCCACUGCCGCCGUAUCUUCCCUCAUUGCUCCAAUCCCCCCUCCCCAGGCGAAUCCUUUUCUGUCCGCCGAAAUUCCCGGCACAUCUACAAGCUCGAAGCGCCUCCUCGAUUCGCCCGUCGAAGACUCCUCGCCUCUCUUGCCCCCUUCCAAGCGGCCCCGCGCCGUCUCGCCUCGUUCCCAUCAUCUCGCUCAGCUAGCCUCAUUCCUGCCCCCGCAUCCGUCUUGCAACACCCUCUUCGGCCCCACUCCACCAGACUUUGACGAGGCCUCCUCCGCGUUCGCCAUUUUUGGUAACUCCGCCGCCUCGUCUACUACUACCAACAAUCAUGAUGAACUGCAAGAUGGCCUCACCAGCCUGCUGAUCACCCCAGCAAUCGCCCAACACGCUACGCAUUCCACAACCUCUCCCUCGGCGCCCCCACUCCUUCCGUCCCCUCUCCCCCUGAACGAGCGCGUCAUCAUCCUCGAGAAUCUUUCCCCGGGCUUUUCGGCUGCCCUCAUUGAAACCUCCAUCACGCGUCAGGUCAGCCCAGUAAACGUCGUGAGGAUUGGCACUUCGGCUGCGGUCGAAUUCAUCCAUCUCAACGCCCGCGUCGCAGCCCCGUAUCUUCUGUUCCUCCAAAUCCACCACACUCGGUAUCCCGUGGUGUAUGUCAUCGACGAGGAUGAAUGGCGGGGUCCGACGGCGCAUGAUGGACCUUGAGCCGCUCGGCUGGGGGUUGAUAGGCGGUACGAGAUCCGAAUAAGCCUUGCUAUGUAAAGCCGAUGUAUAGCUCGUACCCCC